UGAGAGGACGCGACGCGCCAUGCUCCUCCUGCCUGUUGCAUCGACUGCCUGUUGCUGUUGACCGACUGUGCUGCUGGUAUCCUACGAGUGCUGCGGCGGCGCGUUUUUCGCAUCGUUCCUCGUCCGUAGUGCUGUGUUUCUACGAGUGUGUUCACCUGCGGCCAUGUGUGUUCGUCGUCGAUCAACGCAGUUGACGUCCACGGCGUCCUUGUCGUGCCGUGCAGCUCCGGACCGCGCAUGGGGCAGUUGACCAGGCAACCUGUUGAUUCCCCGUCGUUUUGACGCCAGUGGGGUUGCUCGCCCCGCCUCUCUACGUACGCUCCCUCCGACUCGUUUUUGUGUUCCGUAAGCGGUUGCCGUGGUCGUUUCGCUUUUUAAUUUUUUCCUUAAAACCGGGCUCACUCAGCUUGAGAGGGAUUUAUAGUUGUGUUGUGUGUGUCUGUGUGUGAUUCUGUGCAAUGUUUCACGUGCAUGGUUGUGUGCAGCUGUGUUGACACCAGCGUCGUGUAGGUAUGCCUUGAUGGUACGCUCGCGUAGUCGACAGGCGAUCGUUGAGGUAGGCUAAAAGGAUAGGCAGGCUCUGGUCGUUAUACUUGAAAGAUGCAGCAUGGUCUUCUAAGACUUGCAGUGGCAGUUUUCCGCUCAACGUUUUUAUUCCACCAUAACACAUGUGCAGAACGUGUGAUGUUUAGCGUGAUGGCUUGCGCUGUGAUGACAUAUUUCAAACGAAACGGUUUUUGAGGGUGGGUACCGUUAAUCUAAACUGAUGCUACAGGGUUGCCUCGUGACGUAGGGGUUACGCGCGUACUUCGAGAAUUCAUGUCACCUCGAUGACGGAGGAAGCACCACGGAUUUCAGUGAAAGAGCGAGCCCGCGAAAUCGACGCCCGCGCAAGGGACGCCUCGCCCCCCGUUGCGCCCUCGGUCAGUCGUCUCACGUGCAGGAAAUUGGGCCUCGCACGAGCCGACUCGGAGCCUAACGCUCGACAAGACGCCGCAUGCCAGUCCGGAAACCGUCUCGCAGUCAUCCACACGCCACGCAAGAAAUUGUCUGCACCGGCGAUCACGCCGCUACGUGGACCUUGCUGGGAGGAUGACCCGAGCCCACUGAAAACACUGAACGAUCAUGCGACGUGUGCGGACAUCCGGCUGGCGUGGGAGAGUCUUUGCUGUAAGUCCGGAGGACCGGCGUCGCCUCCAACCUUGCCGAAGCUCCGUACGGCGACCGGCAGCGAGGUCAGGGUUCAACCGGGAAGUCACAUCACAAUACGCACGCAGACAGUACAGCAUUCUGCCGACACAGCAGGUGUUGGCGAAGACGAGUCACAAUCUGAAGUUACCCUCUCAGAGAGUGAAGGCAGUCUCACCAGUAUGCCAGAGGACGACUUGCGAUCGCAGAGACUCGGAGGUGAAGUCCUGGACGAUAGUCCCACCGUCUUGGAAGGCGCUGGGGACGAGGCUGCAGCUAUUUCGGCAGCGUGCCCGCUGGCAGAUGAGAAUAGCCGCGCCGCUAUCUUUGGCGAGCCUCGCAAAGCACAAGGCGCCACUCCCUUGGACGACAUAUUGCAGUCCCUAGAGCAGAUAUGCAGCGAGUUUGAAGCAGGGCCGGAGGAGCCACCGGCCCCACCGCUCCAAGACGACGACGUCCCGUCGGGUACCGAACCACCCGACGGUCGCCAUGACGCCUGCAUGAUGCCGUGGGAGGAAGCCACUACUGUUCCCGGAACAGGCAACAAGGUCGGGCUUGUGCCCAGGCUUCAGGUAAAAACAUUGACACGACUGCCCAGCGGCGCACGUUCCAACCCAUCGUCACCGCUGCCUCGACUGGUGAGAGCGAAACCAGAGAUUCCAUCGUACCUGACUCUCGGACGCCGGCCUCUGAACACUCGUUCGAGCGACGAUGUCUCACUGGAUGCUGUUGAUGACGCCAUCGAACUAGAGAAGAUACGCUCUAUCCUGGCAAACAUCGACUUUUCCCGCUACCGUCGCAAACGAGCGUCCGCUGACGUUAUACGUGCAGACAACCGCAAGGAGACUCAACCUUUUCAACGCAGCUUCUCUGCAACAGCAGCCAUGGAAAAACCGUCUUCACCGCAGAGCUUCAAGUUGAAGGAACUGACUGAAAAGUUGAAGAACCCCGUCGCGGCAUCGUCGAAGGACCUCCCAAGAAAAGAGUCGAACAAAGCAAUCGAAUCGCCACUUAGGAGGUCCGUCUCAACAGUGUGUCGCAGCGCGUCCUUCACAACAGUCGAUGGAACUCAGCGGAGCCCUCACGUGAACAUUGGUGGUUCGGUUACUCUUCCACGGAAGGCGACCACGACGAGGACCUUCGGGAACUACCUACCACAAACUCUAACAUUUGGACGGCCUGCAGACCUGAAUCCACCAGUGCUCGAAGACAUGGCUGUGUCGAACCUGUCGUUGGACUCUGCGGUUGAGUCGAUUGUUGAUGAGACCACGUACCAAGACUCGCAGUCGUGUGCGCAUCAGGGACAAGAAAGAAGGAAGUUUCUUCGUGGUUGUCAGUUCGCGCCACCGGAUGAUGAUGGCUCGCGAGGUCCGCCACAACCUCCGGAGAAGAGGAAACGUCGGAAAGCCUUCACUUCGCCGUCGAAUACAAGCACGGACUCCAAGGCUUCUAAUACAGACAUCUCGCCGAAACAGACUAGUAACCGUUCGCUCACCUACCCGCCGCAAAGAAGGACGUCUGGGUCGGAGGAAGAGCUGGAAUUCUCCUCUAUGGACAGCAACGGUCUCAAGUCACUGCACGUCGGACGCAGUGGAAGAAACCCCGAUAAGUUACGACAACCCAGUGACGUGUCGCUGGCGGAUAGUCACUUCUGUCCUAGUGAAGCGAUGGGCGAAGAGACGUUCCGUGAUGUGGUGGAAAGUUUAUCUGCAGAGCCCGUAGCUGACGAUCGUGCUGCGAAGCAGGGCGGAAAGAAGAAGUACAACAGUGACCCAAGCGGAGACAACACGGGUGGAACUGUGGAUUUACCUGAACUGAUCGCUGCAUGUAAGAGCGAGCCUGGCCUCGUCGAUCGAGGUCGAGAACGGCUUCCACAGCACAAGUCCAACUUGUCCGCGUCUCCCCCACCUCCCGUUCCACAGCACAAGCGACAACACUCUGGUCCUGCAGCCAUGACUUUACAUUCGUCUGGGACGACGCAGAGUCGCAUCACCUUGUCGGAUUCAGAACGAGCCACAUCGGACACAGAACGGAUGUCCUCUUCUCGAAGCCCUCAGCAACAAAGGAGGUACUCCAAGAAACGCUUACGCGGACCCUACGGAGAGAUGCUCGAAGAAGAGAUGCGAAAGUCCGGCGAGAAGCAGAAGCCGUCAUUCUGUGAAGACCUCAGUUUUCUUCAAGGACUGUGCGAUAGAAAAGACGUACCCACGAAGUCUGAGUCUGCGCCGGCAUCCGUGCAGAAGCAGGCAAACUCCGAAUCGACACCGACGACCAUAACGCGAUCGAGACCAGCUCUCCUGUCGAACAGUCUGUCACUCGACGACGCUCAGCUGAAGUCGACCAGCAGCAGGCUAGAAGCCAAUGUUCCCAAACGGAAAAUCAGUGCAAACUUUCCGCUUUUGGGUACGGAAGCGUCAGACACCUCUCCAUUCUUGAUAUCGGCUUCGGCUUCUACUAGUGCUCCAGCGCGUCAGGACAGUGGCGAAGACAGUAGUACACCGCCUCCGACGGAUGCUAGGACUGUGCGUUGGCUGUCUGAACAGCCGACCUCGGAAAAGGAUAACACUCAGACGACCUCGACGUCAACGUCAACGGGUGACACAUCUUCGCUGGCGAGGGCUGCGUCCCUGCGGCGACAUCAGGAUACACGAACACAUGUGGUCGGAGAACUGUACGACACCGAAAAAUCUUACGUGGAAUCCCUUCAGAUCCUCGUUAAUAAAUAUAUUCGUCCGCUGAAGAGUGCCGAGUGGUCUCCGAUGGUGGACGCCUCGCUGGUGGACGAGAUCUUCUACCAAGUGCCGGAGAUUCUGGCCCACCACGAGUCCUUCUUGGAGGUGCUUCGACAGAGGCUCUCUUCCUGGGACACGAAACAGAAGGUCGGAGACGUCUUCGUCGAAGCGUUUACCAAGCAACCUGUGAUAGACACGUACACCGCCUUCAUCAACAAUUGGAAGUCAGCGAAAGAGGCGAUCAAAAUAGCCACUCAAACUAAGCCAGCCUUUGCCAAGUUUUUAGAGCACACGUCCAGGAUGCAUAAAGGGAAGCUUACUUUGGAUGCCCUCCUCAUCAUGCCUGUGCAGAGGAUACCACGCUAUGAACUUUUGAUCAAGGAGCUGAUAAAGCACACCCAGCAUGACCACCCUGACCACCAGCUGCUAGUGUUGGCGCAAAAAGAGGUCCAUGACCUUGCUGUCAAGAUCAACCGCAUGGAGCGGGAGGCCUUCCAGCACGAGCAGAUGCAGCAGAGGGUACGAGACAUCGAGCAGCUUAUCGAGGGAGUCAUCGAUCUUGUUCAACCUGACCGGACUUUUAUUCGCUACGACUUCGUUACGAUUCCUGGCGGUCUUGGAACCAAAAAAGAUCGCUGUCUUUUCCUUUUUUCUGAUCUCUUGCUCAUCACGAGCAUCAAAAGGAAAAGCGGCACUAUGAGGAAAACAUCACCAUCAUCGAGUUCUCCAUCUGGGUUUGGCUUUACACUCUUUGAUAUGAACAAGUACAAGCUAUUGCUGAGGUUCUCCUUGGACAAUUUGGACAUUUUGAAAAGUUCAGAUGUGGGGCUGAAGAAAGCUAUCAGGGAGGCUGAAAACCUGGAAGAAGACAUGACGUUGCUCAAUCAGAUAACAGACCUUGUGUCUCACUUGAACUGUCCACAUCAGGCUGUGGAAGAUGCUGUGAAGGACCUUAUGGGAUCUCUUAAUAGACAGAUGCAGGAAAGACAAAGCUAUGACUUGCAGCUACUCAACCUCCAGCUUUCUGUCACAACACAGGAAGGUGUGGAGAACCUCACCAUUAUAUUUCCUUCAACUGAAAAGCGCUCAACGUGGGAGGUGGCAUUCAAUGAAGCAAAGCAGAAACUAGCUUUGUCGACCGACCGCCGUCCUCCCCCUGAGUUCCUGCAUCCGCUGCCCAUCCGCAAGACACGCGCAGGAUUACAGUUCACGUGCGCAGUGGCGACGCUGGGGCUGAACGAGCAUGGACUGCGCGACGUGUGGGUCUGCAACAGCGACGGCUACGUGGGGCAGGUGUGCGUGCUCAGCCUGCAGCCCGAGCCCACCGUCAUGUCUUGCAACGGCGUCUGCAACGCCCGCAUCCUCUGCAUCGCUUCCAUCCCGGCGGCUUCCUCACUAAUGAUGUCACUUGGACGUCGGAAAUCCUUAGUACCUGACACAAAUGCACUUGUUGGAAGCGAUUCCCAGCCAGGGGAUGUGGAUGUUUCACAGACGCAGUCAGCGAAUGGCAACAUUCAGCUGGAUAGUGACUCUAGUGAUGAUGAUGAAGAGGGCGAAGAAGAGGAGGAAGACGUUAGUGUGUCACAAGAAGAAGAGAAGCCCAGUGUUCCCUCUCAAGAGAGUGCAUCACCUCCUCCACCUCCACCACCUCCACCACCACCACCGCCACCGCCACCACCACAACCAAAGGAAGAAAGUGAAGAGGCUGACAAUCACUAUCCCACAAUGUGGCUAGGCACGGAGGAUGGCUGUGUGCAUGUAUAUAAUUGCAACGAUAACAUUAGGAUAAAGAAGAAUAAAAUGAAGGUGCAACACUCGGCAGCUGUACAUUGUAUCAUAUAUCUGGAUAACAGAGUUUUUAUAUCACUGUCAAGCGGGGAGAUCGCAAUCUACAGGAGGGAUCCUGACGGUGGGUGGAACACAACGGAAUCCCAGACUGUUCAGGUUGGCAGCAGCACAUCUCCUGUGCUGCGCAUGCUUGCUGUGGCUGGAAAACUGUGGUGUGGCUGUCAAAAUUUCAUCAAGGUCUUCAGCACAGCCACGCUUGAAGUCGAGCACACCUUUCAAGUCAGCAGCGACAGCUCACGUGCCGUACUCUGCAUGGUCACAUCUGGUCUAGGUGUUUGGUUGGCUGUUCAGCACAGUGCAGUCAUCCGACUAUAUCACGCAACAACAUAUGAGUGCUUGCAGGAUGUGAAUAUCGCUCCCGCUGUAACUAAGAUGCUUUCAGCAUGUGAUGACAUCAUCCGUCAACACAAAGCGGCCUGUUUAAGAGUUACUGCGCUGCUGGCCUGCAAGGAUCUGCUCUGGGUGGGGACCAGUGCUGGCGUCCUGCUGACUCUUCCGCUCCCACAUCUAACAUCCAGCACCACCCGUCUUGAUACCCUACCUAAUAUUGCUGGAAUUCACCAUGGACACACUGGCCACGUCCGCUUCCUCACGGCGGUCGAAAUGACCGAACUUGCAACAUCUACGACCGGGAGGCAUCAUCGUUCAGUGCGGUCAUCCAAAGAAACUUCUACGCCCGUGUUUCUUGGCCGCAGAGCAUCUCUAACGCCUGCCACUGGUUGUCGAGUGCUCGUGAUAAGUGGAGGUGACGGCUACGAAGAUUUUCGGAGCUCUGGUUUGAGCGAAGCCGCUGGACGGGACGAUAGCACGAACCACCUGCUACUGUGGCAAGUGUGAUUGUGACCUCUGUGAACAGUUGUCUGUCCCCCUCUCUCCUUGUUCUCUAACCACAAUGGACCUUCAAGCAUGCUGGACACGUGUCUCUAUUGCAACGCUCCAAAGUGUUGCGCUGUGUUCGAGUUGGUCGGCAGUUGCUCGACAGUUGGUCGGCUGUUGCUCGGCAGUUGCUCGGCAGUUGCUCGGCUGCAGUCUUGUGCUGCAUGCGAGAACAUCUCUCUUCCACGUGAGCGUCCAUGUGUGUUUGGGGGGCGGGAGACGUGAAGUGCCGAACGUUUUGCUUUUUUGUUGGAGGAUAUGUGCUUGUACAGGGCGCGAGAAUCGCGAUCAGCACGUUAGACAUACGAGUUAGGAAGCUCCCAGAAAAUCACCUUUGUUUGUUGAUCAGAUGAGUGAAGAGAUAACAACAGCACAGUGCCCAUGCCGUAGUGGCCGGCAGCAUAAUAUACAUAUGUGAAUAUUCUUUUUAUAUACAUAUAUAUAUAUAUAUAAAUAUACAUAUAAAUAUUUAAAAAAAGUUUAAAUGUGUGCCAACUGGCAGCUAUUCUGUUGAGCGAAGGCUUGUUCCUAGAUUCUAAAAAAAGAUAAUAUCGGUCUCAAGCAUGUGAGGAGUUCCUACUUAGUUGUAAGACUCUUCCACGAUUAUUGUUUGUGUGAUAGCACAGCAUUUUGUGUUGUUUCUCUGUCCCUUAAUUGUAGUAUAUACAUUAACUGGAAGGCCAUUCAACUCUAGUGGAUGUGUUGAUAUUUUAUGGAAUUCUGAGCUAGAUCAUUGCUUUGUGCCAAGGAUAGAUCUCGUGCAGUUGAACAAAUGCUGUCUCUCAUUGCUAAAUGUGGGACAAGUGCUGUAUGUAUAAUCCAUAAGGUUCUAUUCAGAAUCUCAUUCCAAGCAGUCUACAGCGUCCGGGUUAGCACUGUUGAAGGUACGGCAGGCCUUUGAUCGAAUCUUGGUUGCUUGGCUUUUUUCUUUUUUUUCUGAUUUGAAAUUUUUUUUUUUAAAUCAAGAGUGAGAAGUAGAGAAAUAGAGAGCAAAAGGGAAGUUGAUCGAUUGGAAUGUUUUUCCGUAAAAGCUCUUUAAAUCAUCAAGUUGUGAAUCUAGGGAACAUAGCUGUGUGCUACAGGAUUUUAGACACACUAGUUUCACAUCAUGAGCAUAAAUUCAGUUGUGCGUUAUUUGUGUAUUUAAAAUGUUCAUCGUGUGGUCAUACCAUUGACGAAGUGAUGCUGCAUUUUGUUUGGUGCUGGAGUCCUGCGAGGCAUUAGCAGAAGUUAAAACUUUUAGUAAAUUUUUGUAAAAUAUUAUUUUAAAA